GUUAUAGAAAUUAAAACACCUUCAUGUUGACUUGACAGAAAUAAAACGAUUAACGUUCUCUUCCAUUUGAAGCUCAUCUUGCACACUAAACUGUCGGACAGUCAGUUUUUUUUCACAUUUAAAAUCUUAAAAACUGAUAGUUCUGAAAUGUUUUUGUAUCAUUUUUAAAGGGGUUUCCUAAUGUUUGUGUGGCAAGGAAAAGGCUGAGCUUCCUCUGUUUGAUGACGCACCUGGUACAAGCCAAUUAGGUAGUCUACCAGGUGUGUAUUUAAAGGGCUUGCGCAGGGUCAUUCUGAUGAUCGACACAUUGCUGCAGACUGCGCAGAUCCCAAGUGAGGCUGGAUCCUGUGUUAGGCGCUUUGUAAGCGGCAUUGUUGUUGCCGGGCCACAUAGCGCAAACAAAGUGGAUUGACGGCGUUGCGUGCCCCCCGCUCCUUCUCUGCACUGGUUGCUGCGGUGUUGGGCGGCAGCUCUUCCCUGGCUGCUGCAGGUGUCCGCAGGCUUUCCAAACUUUACGUCAUUUCAGCACGCUUGGCCACCUUGUCUGAUCACGUUGGUGACUGACUCCACCCCUUUGCUAAAGGCUGCUGCUUUGCUUGAUCUUUUGUUCUGGUGUCCAGGCUUGACAGUGUCUUCCUGCGCUGAAGACCUGAUCCAUCGGCAUCCACCAGAAGGAACUGUAUUUUAUGAAAAUCAUUUUUAAUUCAUUUUAUUUGUCAUUUUUAUUUUUAUCUGGAGUUGUUCUGGUGUUGUGGAGCCCUGUCCUUUCUGCGUUCUCACAACAAUCUGUUGGAUUCUGCAGGGACUCCACGACCCGCACUGAAACAAAGUCGACUCCUUAUUUUUAAUUUUUCUUUUCUUUUUGUCUUAACUUUUCAAGUCAUUUGUAGUUGUUUUCCUUGUCUUUUAUUGCAGAAGUUGGGAGUCAGGAAGUAGCAGCAGGUGGUGGUUCCUGUGUGUUCCGGCUUGGCCGUCACGUGUGUGUGUUUGCUCACCCAGGGGCCCGUUCCAAGAAGCAGGUUCAACAAAUGGAGUUCGAACCUGAACUAAGAGUCACUGGACUCAAAAUCUGUGAACUUGGAGUUUUGGGUUUCUGAACAGCUGAAAAUGUUUGAGUCAAUCAACUUGAAGUUGUUGGAACCAGAAUCAGGUGCGAGCGCCACGACCAUUAAAAGCCCUGAUCAAUGGAGCAAAGACAGCACGAUUCACCAUGGCAAUGGGAGCAAACACUAGCAGAGCAGCAUACUUCACGCCGUCAGAAAUUGACAUGCUCCUGCAGGCAUAUGCUGACUACGAGCCUGUUUUCCGGAGGAAAAGCAACACUGCUGCAGCAGCUAAACAGAGAGAGUCGGCGUGGGAGGAAAUCGCUGCCAGAGUUAAUGCGUGCAAUCCAGCAGGCAUAAAGAGGACCUGGCAGCAGUUGAAAAUGAAAUAUAAAAACAUAAUCCAAAAAGCCAACAGAAAGAGGGCAGACGCCAGAAAAACUGGAGGAGGACCUGCCCCCCCACCACUGACGGAGGCAGAGGAGAUGGCCCUCAGCAUCAACACAGGGAGACCAAUGGCUGACGGGAUUCCUGGGGGGAGUUCUUCUGAGGGAGCCACUCCACUCGACAUGAGGGCAUAUGUCUCAUAUUCUGCUGGCAACAUCUCCCUUUUGGAGCCUCCUACCACAGCAGAACCUCUGGCUGUUGACUGUGACGACAUUGAAACUAUGUCAGCCACAGAGAGAUCAACAGAGAGUGUGGGAGAACGGAAUGAUGAGGCUCCAACAACCUCAGCAGCUCAGAUGAGCUCAUUGCCAGUGAGGGAUUUAUACAGGUUAAGUCUUCUCAAACAGAUAGAGAAGCAUGACAAAGAGAGCACAUUACUGGACCGUCAGAUUGAGAAGACAGAUCUUGAGAUCCUGAUUCUAAAACACAAACUAGAGGAAAUAAAUGGAUCCAAAUAA